AUGGAGUGGUUAACAAGUGCCGAGGGCCUGAAUGCCCGUCAGGAGCUGGAGGCAUCCGUUCGUGAGCACCACCCUAACUUGUGUGAUGAGGAGAUCGACCUCAUUGUGGAUGGUCGUCUACUACGCAUGGUUCGGGAGUGUGCAGCGGAGCAACCAUCUGGGGGCGCCCAGCAAGGAGCUGAGCACGAGGCUCCUGGUGCCGUGGGCAUUGAUGGAGGAGCUGUUGUACCGACGAUUGACAUGGGAAUGAUCGGCACGAGCUAUGGUCAAUACAAGUUUGGAGUUGAGCACAUCUUCGUGACGCCGCUGCUGGAGGGAAUGCACGACCUUACCGCGAAGGAAAAGGGGGAAGGGAGCAGACGGACAAGAAGAAUGAUGGCAAGCGGGAGAAGAAGCAAGGGGCGCUGCUACAAUUGCAAUGAGGAGGGUCACAUGGCUGCCAAGUGCCCCAACAAGAAGAAGAAUGCAACACCCGCGGCAGCCGUAAACGUAGCUGAAGGAGAUGGGAAGGGCGUGGCGCUCACCGUCGCGUGUUCGGCUGCAAAGUUGCUGGCCGUCGACAAUGACUUGAGGUUCCUUGACUCAGGAUGCUCCCAACACAUGACCGGCCGAAAGGAGUGGUUCACGAUGAUCGAUGACCCAUCUGCAACGAAAUCUGUCAAAGGGUUUGAUGGGUCUAUGCAGGAAGUUGCCGGUAUUGGCGAGGUUUUACUCGAGGGCACUAACGGUUUGCGUGUGACCCUGCAUGAUGUCCUCUUUGUGCUAGGAAUGAAGGCCAACUGUGUCUCCCCUGGGCAGCUCACGGACAAAGGAGCAAAUCUGCAAAACGAAGAAGGUGUCACCCGCAUCAUUGCAUCGAGAGGACAAGCGGCUGCAACAGCACGCUACCGCCAUCGUCUUCUCUACCUUGACCUGAAACCGUGGCCAGCAAGCAACGGCACAAUGGCUGGAGCGGCAUGCAACGACACGGUGUCUGCAGCGGCUUGCACCGGUACGACGGCUGGAGCGGCAUGCAAUGGCACGGUGGUUGCAGCGGCAUGCAACGGCACGGCGGCUGCAGCAACAUGCAACAGCACGGUGGCUGCGGUGGCAUGCAUCGAUACGGUGGCUGCGGCGGCUGCAGUGACUUGCAACGGCAUCACUAAGGCAGCUGCUGAGGUGGUGCCAAGCGAGCCGGAAGAGAAUGACGAAGCGGCCAGCCUCACAACAUAUGCGGUGGAGAUCGAGGCGAUGCUCAACCUGCAGCACACUCACCUUGAGAAUGACUAUGCUGGUGCGGUGAAGUGGACAGCCACAAAUGGUGGUGUGCUAGUUAUGGACCUAGAAAAAGGAGGGGAGGACACGUCGAGCGCCUCCUCCCAAGAAGCCAAACUCACUCGUCAAACACUUCCGCUGCCUGACGAGCGAGAGGGGGAGGUUCUUAGGAUGGUCCAUGGCCCUGAGCAGAAUCAGCCGCUGUCACGUUCCAUCAUCAUGGUCCCGGUGCCGUCCGUGCAAGAGGGCGAGCAACUCUUUGAUCGCUCGGUGGGCCCUUUGAGUAGCAAGGCACCUACUACACCUCCUCCUCUCGGUCUACCCUCCGUUGCUGAUUCGGCGCUCGUGGGACUAGAGGAUGGUCCUCUGGAGGUUGGCACCAGCAUGGCUGAUCACGAAGACGAAGAAGAAGAAGUAGCAGUGGAUGAGCAAUCACCAAUGGCCCAUGAGCAUGAGCCUUCACCUGCAGUUUCCCCCAUCCAGCCCAUUCCACCACCCCCACGUCGCUCCAGCAGGCCUAACACGGGGGUGCCACUCGUACGGUUUCAGCCAUUAUCCAUGACGGCCCAGGAUGCAGACGAUAAGGACAACCCGUACGACGUGGCGUACCUUACUGAGGACGAUUGCGACACGGACAGCGAUGACGAAGUGGAGUAUCCGGACGAGGAUGAGGAAGAGGAAGGUGCUUGGGGAGGUGUCAUCCUCGACCUGGCAGCUGCGUUGACCGGACAUGAAGGCAAGGAAUAG